AUGGGUAUUUCAGUGCCCUCGGCGCGUAUCCUGGGUGGCCCCGACCUUCAUGUGGAUAUGGGAUCCACCAUCAAUCUGACCUGCCUCAUCCAGUUCAGCCCCGAGCCCCCUGCCUACGUGUUCUGGUACCACGAGGACGAGGUGAGCGGCCGAAAACAGGUGAUCUCGUACGAUUCGGCGCGCGGCGGCGUGUCGGUUGUGACGGAGAAGGGCGCGGCCACGACGUCGUAUCUGCUGGUGCAGGACGCAGCGCCCGCCGACUCAGGCCGCUACUCCUGCGCACCCUCUAACGCCGACCUAGCCUCCGUGCGAGUGCAUGUGCUCAAUGGCGAGCGACCGGCGGCGAUGCAGACGGGAUCGGCGGGUCUGUCGGACAGCUCGCGGGCUAUCGCGCUGCUGCUGGCCGCCUCGCUACUGCACGCGCGUCUGCGCUCCGCACUACUCGCGAGCUGA